AUGUCAGACGAUACAUUAACACGCAGUCUCCUCGUUACUGGUUCAAGUGGCUAUAUCGGCAAUCAUAUUGUCUGCCAGGCUUUUCACAAUGGAUGGCAAGUUCGCGCCACUACCAGAUCUGAAGCCGGUAUUGCGAAACUCCAGACAACUUUUCCAUAUGCCUUUGAGCAGCUCAAGUUUGCAAUAGUCCCGGACUUUACAAAACACGAGGCAUACCAUAGCAUUCUCGCUGGCGUGACUGACAUUGUCCAUGCUGCAUCACUCUUCAACCUUCAGCCGCAGGACAAUGCUAAAGGUGUUCCUGAACCCGCCAUACAAGGCUCUCUAGCUAUUCUAGAAGCUGCAAUCCGCUAUGGGCCUCAAGUUCGCCAAGUAAUUAACAUCUCCUCUUUCGCUGCAAUUGUCGACACGUCCAAGGGAUUACGCCCUGGACACACAUAUUCAGAAAAAGACUGGAAUCCUAUGACUUACGAUCAGGCGGUGGCAACGUCCAAUGGUCCUGCUACAUAUUGUGCCUCAAAAAGCCUUGCGGAGAGAGCCAUGUGGGACUGGAUGGAUGACAAUAAGCUGAAUGUGCCAUUCACACUUUCAGUGAUCAACCCCCGUGUGUUUUUGGCCCUUAUUAUGCUGACCCUGACCUGGGCACCUUAUGCGAUUCCGUGGCGGCACUUUGGUGUCUCUUCGGUGCCAAAACGGUACCACCUACUGACUUCGCGGGUUUUGUGGAUGUUAGGGAUGUUACAAAAGCGGUAA